UCAAAAUUAACUUGGUGAUAUUUCUGGAGACAGCCAUGGACGCACCAAAGUUUCAGUUGCACAUAGCAAUGUACCCAUGGUUUGCUAUUGGACACAUAUCAGCAUAUCUCCACCUUGCCAACAAAUUAGCCAAAAGAGGACACAAAAUUUCCUUCAUCGUACCCAAACGAACAAAGUCCAAAGUUGAACAUUUCAACCUCUAUCCACAGUCAAUAACCUUCAUCCCCAUCACCAUUCCCCUGGUUGAUGGCCUUCCUCCUCAUGCAGAAACCACUUUUGAUGCUACCAUCUCUUUAGGCACUCUCAUUAUGACAGGGAUGGAUCGCACUGAGAAGGACAUUGAACUACUCUUACUUGAGCUGAAACCCAGCAUUAUUUUGUUUGAUUAUACAUGUUGGUUACCGAACUUGGCUCGGAGCUUAGGGAUCAAGUCUGUUAAUUACAUAACCCUAAGCAUGAUAUUUGAAUCUUACAUGGAAUGCAUGGAGAAGCAAUUUAGGGAAAAGAACAUAGUUGCACAUGAGCUGAAUGUGUUGAAUCCUCCAGCUGGGUUCCCAGAUCCUUCCAUCAAGCUUCAGGCUCACGAGGUUCGACAAUUAACUAGGAUCGUGAACUCAGAAUUUGGCAGUGGUGUUCGUUAUUAUGAACGCAUCAGCACAAGCACCAAAUUAGCAGAUGCAGUGGCAUUUAGAAGUUGCAGAGAAAUUGAGGGACGGUAUGUUGACUUUCUCGAAAGUUCAUACGGAAAACCUUUGCUGCUUUCAGGGCCUGUCAUACCUGAGCUACACACAUCGCCUUUGGAAGAAAAAUGGUCUGAGUGGCUUUCAAGAUUCAAGGAGGGAUCUGUGGUGUACUGUGCUUUUGGAAGUGAAUGCAGACUGCAUCAAGAUCAGCUCAAGGAACUGCUGCUGGGUCUUGAGUUAACAGGUUUUCCAUUUCUUGCAGCUCUUAAAGCCCCUGUUGGAUUUGAGUCUGUUGAAGAAGCUAUGCCAAAAGGGUUCAGUGAGAGGGUUCGAGGAAGAGGCAUUGUUCAUGGGAGUUGGGUUCAGCAGACACUAAUUCUUGACCACCCUUCUAUAGGGUGCUUCAUUACGCAUUGUGGGGUUGCAUCUUUGCUAGAGGCGCUUGUGAGCAAGUGUCAGAUUGUGGUGUUACCAAAUUAUAUUGACCAGCUCCUUAAUGCGAAGAUGAUAAGCAGCAGCAUAAAGGCUGGUGUUCAAGUGGAGAAAGGUGAAGAAGAUGGUUUGUUCACAAAGGAAAGUGUGUGUAGAGCUGUUAAGACUGUGAUGGAUUUGGAGAGUGAGGUUGGAAGGGAGGUCAGAGAAAACCAUUUAAAAUUGAGAAAUCUCUUACUCACCAAAGAUUUGGAGAACACUUACUUUGAUAGUUUUUGUCUCAAGCUUCAAGAAUUAGUUGGGUGAUAUUCAAGUCUCAAACCAUGGCCUGUCAACCAUGAGCAAUUUGAUUUUAGUUUUUACUUAAGUUGCGUCUGUAAUAAACCUCGUCAACUACUUCAUGUUGAACUUGUUAACAUGCUUGGAUAUCUUUCGCAGAUUUGAUUAUAUUUUGUGGAAUAUCUUUAUUUUCAA